AUGCCACCUCUUAUCCCCUAUCACGUUUCAGCCGGGAGCAACCCCAUAUCAGUAUUUGGCGGUGCUCUUGUCACCGAGUUUCUCGAACCACCUCCAGGUCGAUGCUUUUGCUUUCGGCAAACUUACAAGCUGAAACCUCCCACGAGCGACAAUGCAGCUGAGAACGAGGCAAUUCAGGCAGCUCUCCUCAAGCCUUCGGGGCCACCAGCUCAUUUCCAUCCUUUUCAAAACGAGUAUUUCCGCGUCGUAUCUGGACGUAUGGCCAUCGAGAUAGAUGGAAAGCAGACUAUUCAGACGCCCGAGGAUGGCGAAGUUAUAGGCCGAGCUGGCUCUAUUCAUAGGUUCUGGAUAUCUCCUGACAGCACAGAAGAUAUGGUCAUCAUAUUGAGUGCCUCUGACAAUGGCAUGGACUACCAGUUGGAUCGUGUCUUCUUUGAGAACUGGUAUGGGAUCUGGCAUGAUUACCUUGUCCACGAGGGGAAAUUUGACUUGAUUCAGCUACUUUGCACAUACGAUGCCGGAGACGCAUAUCUGGUACCUCCAGCAUUCCUCCCCAAGUCGGUACGAGUAUUCAUCGGAUAUUGGGGUGGGAUAAUUGUUGGGCGUUGGAUCGGCGGUCUACUCGGUUACAAGCCGUUCUUCAAGGAAUACACCACCGAUUGGGAUUACGCUGUGGCCAAAAUGCAGUAUUCCUUCUUCACGAGGAACAGUAUUGCCACGUCGUACAAACUGGCCAAGUCAUGGGCGGAACUACAGACCUUUGCCAAAUCAUGGCUCAAUAAUGGCGGUGGCACUGCUAAGUUCUUGGAUAACGUGUCCAAUGGCCAGGUCAAUGGCGAGACUCAUGCCAACGGCCAAAUCAAUGGCGAGGUUCAUGCCAAUGGCCAGAUCAAUGGCGAGACUCACGCCAGUGGCCAGGUUAAUGGCAAGUCUCAUGCCAACGGGACUGUUGACGUCAAGGAGGUGACCACACCGUGA